AUGUCAAUCACACGUGAUGACCAGAUUGAGUCUUCAAGGAGAAGUCCACUAAUGGUGCACACCGACGAAACAAUAAGCCAGGACAGCUCUUGCGCUUACGCCGAUUCCUCGGCUCUCGACGCCCUCCUCGAGGACAUCACCUACGCCCCCAGCACCGAAGUUGACAGUGAAGACGCUUUGAUCGCCGAAACCACCAUCAAUUUCUAUGUCACCUUCUUCGAUCAUGCCAUUUCCAACGACAAUGUCAAUCCUUGCGGCGGCCCAGUAACCUGCACACAUCGCGCUGCUGACGACGAAAUUCUCACCGGAGAUGCUAUCAACAUCGACGAUGAUACUACCAUUGCCGACGACGCUACUACCAUUGAUAAUGACGAUAACAAGACCGACGACGGUACCGUGACCGACGACGAUGACAUAAGCGAUGAUGAAAAUAUCGCCCAGGCCGAGGUCGGCUUCUACGACGAAGAAGAAGGAUAUGUGGUGUCGGCUUUUGACGUAGAUACUCAAGUCACUACCGGUUAUGGGCAGUGGACGAAACAUGCAGAAGCUAUGGCCCCAAAGUCCUGGGAGCAGAGGUACAACAGAACCCACCGCACGCAGGUGGGAAGUCUCUGCGUGGACUUUGAUGAACGGUUCAACGAGCUCGUACGUAUGGUGCAGAUGUGCCUGAGCAAUGGGAUGGAUCAGCUCUACUCUGUGCUCCACAUUCACCCACUCGGCACUCUCCGAGAACCUACCAUCCGCGUAGUCGUCAAGCAUUGGCAUCUGCACUUAGACAAUGCAAAUCAGUCAGCUAUACAGCUUGCGUACUCCGAUCUUGGGCUCGUACCGACUGGUUUCACCUCUGGCAUUCAGCUGCUCCCAGCUGAGAGGACGGGACAAUCUACUGAAGCAUUUUGGGCAGCACCGCUUUCUCCUGGAGAGACACUCAUCCGACAGUCUGCACUUGGCGAACUCUGGGUGACAGCGGCCAUGAGAGGCAACGAAGCAUUUGUAUCUGGUGAUCGUCACCACGCUUGGGGCAUCCUUGCCGUCGUCCGGGAGUCUAACGCGCCAGAAUUCGCUGCGUUCAUAGGCAAGAUGUCGUGGGAUAUGCUCUCACAGUCAUGGCUAUCUGCUGGGUAUUCCGCCUGA